UUAAUGGCGGUGAACUGGCAGAUGGCAGUAAUGGCAACCGACAAAAUCCCAGGGACUUCCAAGAACUCCCAUCGCCUCAAGGUUCAACAACCAGCGGGACGUCGCUAUUUUCUGGCUCAAACUACCCUAUCGAAGCCGACAGUUGUACAUGGUUGUCUAGUGAACGCUAGCUUUCAAUAACCUACAUCAACAUGGAUCAGCAACUCCCUCUCUCUCCGCCUUCCGAGCCGACGCCUUCACCCACAGCCAAGGCGGUCCCGCAGGACUCCCCUGUCCGCACCACUGCGAUUCAUGAAUUGUUGCCUGAGAUCCGUAUUCCGGGCGAACCAUUACCGCCGCACAAGUACCAUCCAGUUACUUGCACUCCCAUCGACGAAGAAGAAAUACGCUCCCAGCUUGAACAACUACGCCAGGAAUUCCCGACACCAGAAGCGGCCCUGAAGGCGCAAGAACAAGCUGCAAGGGAAGUGAAACAAAAGUUGGAAGACGCCGAGAAGAAGCGCGAAGAAGUCCAGAAAGCUAUGGACAAGAAGAUCAAGGAACGCAACACAGAGAUGAAAGUCUUGUCCAAGUACCAGGAAGUCAAGACUUCGAACAUCCCGUCCUAAAGCCUGUGCUCAACCGGAGAAAUCUAUACAAACAAUACGGACAUUUUCAAACAACGCCAUCAAACAAAAGGGCACCACCAAUCCCUCACAGGGGAAAACACAAUGAGAGUUGACACGUUGUGUGACCUUGAUGCUCAAACAAUUAGCAGAUGGCGCUCGAGCAGGUUGAACUCCUUCUCUUCCGGCCUCGCUUUACGAAAACCGGUCCCCAGUGAUGAGUCUAAUAAGCCGUACUGUGUCUUCGGCACCCUCUUAGGGUUGCUUCAUCCAGAAUCUCUGGGUGACAGACUUGUAUCCGGUCCUACUUCGAUGGAAUUAUUUUAUUCGGCUCGGCAAAUUUACUGGCAAAUUGGGCCAGUUGCUCUCUACAGGGCUCAGAGAUAUUCAGGAAGCGUUCAUCCAUGAACACCAUGAUGAGGUGAUUUUGCGAUACGGCAAAGCCAAUUUCACCACCUGGCAUGGCUUUUUUUGAGGUCUUUUGACUAUGGAUGUGCUAUUGCUAAUAUUAAGACGUCGUCUGUACUUGACGUUGAACCGGCAGCGCAGAACGUCAUGAACAUUGAAUGCAUCAACAUCAAACACAUAAUUACUCAUAGGAUUAAGUAGACUCGUUGUCCAUCAGAUCGUAUAUCCUUCAAAUAUCACGCCUCAUUACAUUCACAGCGAUCCUAAGACCUUAACCAGAGCGGGAAGCAACUAGGAAAAGUUAGUCUGUG